AUGGCGGACACCGAACCCGGCUCCGAGCCGACCCAACCCAUCGAAAUGCCCGAGAAGCCCUUGGAGACCCCCGAUGUAUCAGCUACGCUUGACUCCGAUGAGCCCACGCUCGAGCAGACCGAACCGCAAGAACCAAUUGAGGAGCGCGGUGACGAAAUUGCUGACGUUCAGCAAGGUGAAGGAAAACCAGAGGUGCCGCCCAAGGACGAUCCUGAACAGGUCGAACAAGAACUCCAAACAGAAGGUCCGCCCACGAUUCAGGAACCACCCGCGGAGGACAACAAUGUCAUGGAGAGUAGGCUACGAUCGGACUCGCGCUCAACAACUGCUACAUUCACGACGCAGCGAUCGGGUCCGGUCAGCUCAACAGUCUUCAUUGUGACAGCCCUGGACAAUAUCGCUGCCUCGCGGGACGCCCGGAGAGAUAAAAAGUUGGAGGAUGCCACACAAGUAGCCCUGGCAAACAUCAAGCAACUCGACAGGCAAGCAGUUGAUCCGGAGCUGAUUUUCCGCCCUCUGCAUUUGGCAAGCAAGGCCCUUAGCAUUCCCCUGCAGGUAACUGCGUUGGACUGCAUUGGAAAGCUGAUCACGUACUCCUAUUUCGCAUUUCCAUCCGCCGCAACAGCGAACCAAACUACCCCCGAACAGCCUCCCCUAAUCGAACGCGCGAUUGAUGCAAUCUGUGACUGCUUCGAGAAUGAAGCUACAGCGGUUGAAAUCCAGCAGCAAAUCAUCAAGUCGCUGUUGGCGGCAGUACUAAACGACAAAAUUGUGGUACAUGGAGCUGGUCUCCUGAAAGCUGUCCGUCAAAUUUACAACAUUUUCAUCUACUCCAAAUCUAGCCAAAACCAACAGAUCGCUCAGGGGUCGCUGACCCAAAUGGUCAGCACAGUCUUCGAUCGCGUACGGGUACGACUAGACCUCAAAGAGCUCCGCAUGCGAGAACUGGAAAAGCCGUCCUCAACCCUUGAUGCAUCCGCCAGUGAUGUGGGUCAAACUUCGGAGGCAGCUUCCGUGUCUGUGGCUGAUCAGCCAGUAACCGAAGAACUCACCGCUGAGAAGCUCACACUGCAGAGUUUUGAAUCUCCCAAGGAAGUGACCAUUGUCAAUGACAAUGCACCAACUACUGUUACACGUGCUAAGCGGUCAGCAACCCGGUCGAUGUCGGGCAUUCCUGAAGAGAAGGAUGAUGAUAGCUCGGCCGAGGACGAUGUGGACGAGAUCUACGUCAAAGAUGCGUUCUUAGUUUUCCGAGCUCUUUGUAAACUGAGCCAUAAAGUUCUGACUCAUGAGCAGCAGCAAGAUGUCAAGUCUCAGAACAUGAGGUCGAAGUUACUUUCGCUGCACUUGAUCCACUAUCUCAUCAACAACCACACCGCAACCUUCCUCUCUCCUCUGGCAGCAUUGAAGAAUAGCUCAUCCAGCACGGAUGGAAUGAAUCUACUUCUAGCCGUUCGGCCCCAUCUGUGCCUGAGCUUGAGUCGGAAUGGAUCUAGCGCCGUGCCCCAUGUCUUCAAAGUGUGCUGUGAGAUUUUCUGGCUGAUGCUCAAAGACAUGAGGGUCAUGAUGAAAAAGGAGCUUGAGGUGUUCAUGAAAGAGAUUUACCUGGCUAUCCUAGAGAAGCGCGGGGCUCCUGCAUUCCAGAAGCAAUAUUUCAUGGAGAUCCUAGAGAGGCUCGGCGGCGAUCCCCGGGCCCUGGUUGAAAUCUAUCUCAACUACGACUGCGACAGAACCGCGUUGGAGAACAUUUUCCAAAAUGUCAUUGAGCAGUUGUCCCGGUAUGCAAGUGUGGCGGUUUCCACAUCAUCUUCUCAGCAGCACCAAUACCAAGAGCAACACACUAAAAUGUCGAGCAUUGGUACGGAGUGGCAUCACCGAGGUACUCUUCCUCCUUCGUUGACUAGUGCCCACAUCAUCCCUACUCCUCCGCCCUCCAUGCCACACAUUCCAGCAGAGUACGGAUUGAAACAGCAAGCUCUAGAGUGCCUGGUGGAGAUGCUGCGCUCACUGGAUAACUGGGCGGCACAGCGCAUUGAUGAACAGCCCGAGGCAGCUAUCCCGUCAAAAUCGAUGGACAACUCGCGUGAGUCCCUGGACACAAACGUGCUUGUUUCGCCACAUCCCGAGUAUUUUGAGGGUGGAACAGGCAGAUCCACACCUAUGCCUGAAGACGACCCAAGCCAAAUUGAAAAGGUCAAGCAACGCAAAAUUGCCCUCACAAAUGCCGUUCAACAAUUCAACUUCAAACCUAAGCGUGGCAUCAAGGCCUUCCUCCAGGAAGGCUUUAUUCAAUCGGAGUCUCCUGAAGACAUUGCUGGCUUCAUGAUUCGCACGGACCGCAUCGACAAAGCUAUGUUGGGCGAGUAUCUCGGCGAGGGAGAGCCGGAAAAUAUUGCGAUCAUGCACGCAUUUGUAGAUUUGAUGGACUUCACAAAGCGACGCUUCGUUGAUGCGCUACGCUCGUUUUUGCAGCAUUUCCGCCUGCCGGGUGAAGCCCAAAAGAUUGACCGUUUUAUGCUCAAGUUUGCCGAAUGUUACACGACUCAGAACCCCAAUGCCUUUGCCAAUGCUGACACCGCGUACGUACUUGCGUAUUCGGUGAUUUUACUUAAUACGGAUCAGCACAGUUCAAAAAUGAAGGGCCGCCGCAUGACCAAGGAAGAGUUCAUCAAGAACAACCGUGGCAUCAAUGACAAUCAAGACUUGCCACCGGAGUACCUUGGGGCUAUCUUUGAAGAGAUUGGAAGCAAUGAGAUUGUGCUCUAUACCGAGCAGGAACAUGCUGCCAACCUGAACACCCAACCUUCAGCCUCAACUGGUCUUGCCACCAGAGCCGGGCAGGUUUUUGCCACCGUGGGACGGGACAUACAGGGCGAGAAAUACGCACAGGCUUCCGAGGAAAUGGCCAACAAAACCGAACAGCUCUACCGUUCUCUCAUUCGAGCUCAACGCAAGACAGCAGUCAAAGAUGCGCUCUCGCACUUCAUUCCCGCAACCUCGGAGCGUCAUGUUGGAUCAAUGUUCAACGUCACAUGGAUGUCUUUCCUAUCUGGUCUGUCCGCACCAAUGCAGGAUACAUCCAAUCUGGAAACCAUUCGGCUUUGCAUGGAGGGGCUCAAGCUGUCCAUCCGCAUCAGCUGUGCCUUCGAUCUGGAGACCCCUCGUGUGGCUUUUGUGACUGCUUUGGCAAAGUUUACCAACCUAGGAAAUGUGAGGGAAAUGAUGGCCAAGAAUGUCGAGGCCUUGAAGGCCUUGCUCGACAUCGCCUUCACCGAGGGUAACCACCUUCAAGGCUCGUGGCGGGAUGUUUUGACAUGUGUCAGUCAACUUGAUCGACUACAACUGUUAAGCGAUGGUGUUGAUGAGGGAUCACUCCCUGAUGUUUCAAGGGCACCGUCAUCAGCAGAUACUUCCCGCAGAUCUAUGCAAAGUACACGCCGCGCUCGUCCGCGCUCUGUGAAUGGGCUAAGUGCGUUCCGUCCAGAAAUUGCCAUGGAGAGCCGUUCGGCAAACAUGAUUCGUGGUGUAGACCGUAUCUUCACUAACACUGCCAAUCUGUCGCAUGAGGCCAUCAUCGACUUCGUUCGGGCUUUGAGCGAGGUCAGCUGGCAAGAGAUUCAAUCUUCCGGUCACACUGACUCGCCCCGAACAUACAGCCUGCAGAAACUGGUCGAGAUUAGUUACUACAACAUGACUCGCGUCAGGAUUGAGUGGUCUAAGAUUUGGGACGUUUUGGGUCAACACUUCAAUCAAGUUGGCUGCCACUCCAACACUGCGGUUGUCUUCUUUGCAUUGGACUCACUCCGUCAACUUUCAAUGCGAUUCAUGGAGAUUGAAGAAUUACCAGGCUUCAAGUUCCAAAAAGACUUCCUCAAACCCUUUGAGCAUGUGAUGGCAAACAGCACGACUGCUGCUGUCAAGGAUAUGAUUCUGCGAUGUCUAAUCCAGAUGAUCCAGGCCCGUGGCGACAAUAUCCGUUCGGGAUGGAAGACCAUGUUUGGUGUUUUCACGGUUGCAGCACGGGAGCCUUAUGAGUCGAUCGUAAACAUGUCAUUCGACCAUGUCACCCAGGUUUACAAUACCCGGUUUGGCGUAGUGAUCACCCAAGGUGCAUUUGCAGAUCUCAUCGUUUGUCUGACUGAAUUCUCAAAGAACUCUAAGUUCCAAAAGAAAUCGUUGCAGGCAAUUGAAACUCUCAAGUCCACUGUCACUAAGAUGUUGCGCACCCCGGAGUGCCCCCUAUCACAUCGCGGUGCCUCAGUGACCACCUUCCAGGACAAUGGAACGAAUCUUGCCAAGCAACUUACACGUCAAUCACAGGAGGAGCAGUUUUGGUAUCCGAUUUUAAUUGCGUUCCAAGAUGUCCUCAUGACGGGUGAUGACCUCGAAGUCCGCUCACGAGCACUCACAUACCUCUUUGAUACGCUGAUCCGACAUGGUGGCGAUUUCCCCAGGGACUUUUGGGAUGUUCUCUGGAGGCAGUUGCUCUGUCCGAUCUUCGUGGUCCUACAGUCUAAGUCGGAAAUGUCCAAGGUGCCGAACCAUGAGGAUCUUUCGGUAUGGCUAUCCACCACGAUGAUCCAGGCCCUGCGAAACAUGAUCACUCUUUUUACGCACUAUUUUGAUGCUUUGGAGUACAUGCUGAGCCGGUUUUUGGAACUGCUGACAUUGUGUAUCUGUCAAGAAAAUGACACAAUCGCACGCAUCGGCAGUAAUUGUCUGCAACAGUUGAUUUUGCAGAACGUCACCAAAUUCAAGCAGGAACACUGGUCCCAGAUCGUCGGUGCAUUCGUGGAGCUCUUCAGCAAGACGACGGCCUAUGAACUUUUCACAGCUGCUGUGUCGAUGCCUAGACCAGCCGAAACAGUGAAUGCAGAUCACGCACAGUCUUCGGAUGCCGCUAUAGCUACAGGGGACUUGCCUGGUGCUCUGCAGCCUAAUGGAUCCCAAAGCACAGCAUCUCUCCAUGAAAAUGGGGAUCCUCCCGUGCAAAGUGAAGCCCGCGCUGAAUUAGAAGAUUAUCGGCCUCAAUCGGAUCAGCAACAACCUGCGGCUGUCACUGCAGCUCGACGUCGUUAUUUCAAUCGCAUCAUCACGAAUUGCGUUCUACAGCUUCUUAUGAUUGAGACAGUUCACGAACUUUUCUCGAACGAAAAUGUAUAUGCACAGAUACCUAGCAAUGAGCUCCUCCGGCUCAUGGGAUUGCUGAAGAAGAGUUAUCAGUUCGCAAAGAAGUUCAACGAAGACAAAGACCUGCGAAUGCAACUUUGGCGCCAGGGCUUCAUGAAGCAACCUCCUAAUCUAUUGAAGCAGGAGAGCGGCAGUGCCUCCACCUAUGUGCAUAUUCUGUUCCGGAUGUACCACGACGAGCGAGAGGAGAGACAGAGCAGUCGCACAGAAACUGAGGCUGCACUCAUUCCGCUUUGUGCGGACAUUAUUCGGAGUUUCGUCCGUCUCGAAGAGGAUACCCAGCACCGCAACAUCGUAGCUUGGCGUCCGGUGGUUGUCGAUGUCAUUGACGGGUACACCAACUUCCCGCAGGAUGACUUCAAUAAGCAUAUUCAGACAUUUUACCCACUCGGGGUUGAGUUGCUCAGCCGUGAUCUCAACCCGGAAAUCCGCGUUGCUCUUCAAUCUCUACUGCGCCGGAUCGGCGAGGUCCGACUGGGUAUUGCUCCGCCCAAUCCCCUGGACGCUCCUAUUAGCCCGCGCAGCUCCGUUUCCCAGAAGGCCUCGCGCCGCGAUAGCCAGGUCUGA